CGUCGUCUGUUUUCCAUUUCCCAUUCAAGUUCAAGUGGCAUCAUGGCGGACGUGUGGAGCGGAUAAGGAGGAUUUCGUGGAAGAAAACAACAAACAUUUUAAGCGGUGACCGCCAAAUUAAACAGUCAUGACAGAAGUCGAAUUGAAACUCGUGGUUUGACGGUGUUUCGGUCGAUUCGCGGCGUCCCCGGCCCCGUAAAACCGUCUUCCCGCAACUCCCGGUGUGUCGGUUAACCUAGUCACAGGAACCAAGUCUGACAUUCUGACAUUGUUUUUAUCACCGAGGGCAGCAAAAUGUUCACAACCUUCGGAAAAGAGUACGUCGCCUUAAACGUUGAUCCAGGACAGCACGAUGGCUCCCCUGAAUUUUCAAUAUUUCGCCGUCGCGCCAUUUGGAGGUUCUGGAAUCGACUGUCCCGCUUCCAAAAGAGUCUUAUUUAUUUAAUGCUCGCAUUAGCAGUAAUAUUAUACCUCUACUGGCUGUCUUCACAUUAUAUUAAACCAGACAUGAAUCUGGAUACCCAACUAGCACCAGUCCAAAGGCAAUAUCCUUCUCAGCUUCCCAUUGUGAGCAUUGACACAAAUGUUAAUCAGCUCCCUAACACGGGUAAAGGGAACGAGGCCGUUUUAGAGGAUGCUGCGGAAGGCGCUGCUGCUCCUGAGGAGGAGGCUGUUGGUCCUCCGGGAGGACAUUUGGUGAAUGUCGGAGAGCAACCAGGCACAGUAAAGCCGCUUGAUCCUUUAGUCAAACCAAUUCCCAUGAAAUUCACGGGGCCAACAAAUGAACGUCAAAAAGCUGUUCUUGAUGCAUUCAAACAUGCAUGGAAGGGUUAUAAACGCUUUGCCUGGGGUCAUGACAACUUGAAGCCCAUUUCUGGUUCAAUCCACGAUUGGUUUGGACUGGGACUCACAAUCGUGGAUGCAAUUGAUACAAUUUAUAUCAUGGGACUACAAGAAGAAUUUGAGGAAGUAAAAGAAUGGGUUGCUCAUUCACUAAAGUUGAAUGUUGACAGGGAUGUUAAUUUAUUUGAAGUAACUAUAAGAGUCUUAGGUGGGCUUCUAAGUGCUUACCAUUUAAGUGGUGAAAGAGUAUUUUUGGAAAAAGCUGUCGAAUUAGGUGACAGACUUCUGCCAUGUUUUGAUUCAGAGUCUGGUGUACCAUUUUCUGAUGUCAACCUUGGAUCUUUAAAAUCUCAUUCACCCAAAUGGAGCCCUGACAGCAGUACUUCAGAGGUCACAACAAUUCAAUUAGAAUUCAGAGAUUUGAGCCGCAUCACAGGUGAUUCUAAAUAUGAGAGAGCUGUGUCUCGUGUCUCCCAACAUGUGCACCAUUUACCCAAGACUGAUGGCCUUGUUCCUAUAUUUAUAAAUGCACAAACAGGACAGUUUAGGUCAUAUUCAACUAUCACACUGGGUGCUCGAGGUGAUUCAUAUUAUGAGUACCUUCUCAAACAGUGGAUACAAACUGGCCAAACAGUUGACUAUUAUAGAGACGAUUAUUUAGAAGCCAUGGAAGGAGUGCAAAAGCAUCUUGCACGGUACACUCCACGGCAGAAACUCCUGUUCGUUGGAGAGUUGGUGACAGGUGGAAAAGAUUUUAAACCUAAAAUGGAUCAUUUAACAUGCUACCUACCAGGUACUAUGGCAUUAGGAGUACAUUAUGGUCUCCCUCAGAAGCACAUGGACUUUGCAAGUGAGUUACUUAAUACAUGUUACCGCACCUAUGUGGACCAACCAACAGGACUGGCUGCAGAAAUUACUUACUUUAAUGUGCAGGAAUCUAGCACAGGUGAAGACAUGUUUGUUAAAAGCAAUGAUGCUCACAACUUACUUCGGCCUGAAACUCUAGAAAGUUUGUUUAUCAUGUACCAGCUAACUGGCAAUACUACUUAUCAAAACUGGGGGUGGGAAAUUUUCAAAGCUUUUGAAAAGUACACCAAGGUUCCAAAUGGCUACACCUCCAUUGGUAAUGUCAAAUCAGCCCAAAAUACUCGUCCUAAAGAUAUGAUGGAAUCUUUCUUCCUUGGAGAAACACUUAAAUAUUUUUAUCUGCUCUUUGCGGAUGAUCGGUAUCUUAUUAGUUUGGAUCAGUUUGUUUUCAAUACGGAAGCCCAUCCAUUGCCAAUUUAUGACUCAUAGUUCAUUGCUCACUUGUUGUUCUCCAUUUUAUUUCUCUUGCUUUAAAUUAAAUAAGCACAAUGUUAUAAAACCUAGAAACUGAGUAUGUGAUUUUAAGAAAAAGACUCAUGAUUAUCUUGUAAUUGUGUUUAUUCACUUUUUCAAAGCAUGUUUUGUUUAAAAUAGUUAUAAACUUUUAUGUUCUUUUCUUUAUGAUUUGUUAGAGGUUUUGGUUAAUGUAAAUAGUUACAAAGGCGUUGUGAUUUUUUUAAUUAAGGGGGGCCAGUUUACUUGGUAUGAAUUUUAUUGACCUUUUAGGUUAUUGAAUCAAAUUUGCAAUUGCACCAAGAAUCAAGAUGCACUUUUAACAGUUCUGCUUGUCUACUGAGGCUCUGCUGUUUUUUUUUCUUUGAUUGUAGAUGAAGUGGCUUGUGGUUUAGGCUGUUUGUUUUGGUUGUGUACAGCCAUUGUUUUAGCCAGCCUUACUGCUGUGAUAUUAAUGUUAGAUGAUGGGACUUCCCAACAUUUGUUUUUCUGUAUGCUAUGCAUCAAUGAACUUGAAACAAAAUAUGGAACAAAUUAUUGUGCAGUUUGGAUAAGUGAAAAAUUUGAGCCAUGCUUGUUUGGAAAACAGUAUUUGUUUAUUUGACUCCGUCGAUGAGGAAGUUUCCAAGAAGGAAAACAUCCGGUUGUCUUUUUAUCCUCUUGCAAUUUUUAAAUUGUGUUGUACCUGAGAGUACAAUAUACUCAAUAUAACGAGGAGGAACAUACACUUUGUCUUAAUUAUAUUUUUUUUAGUAAUGAACUGGCAUUUAGUGAAGUAACAAAAUAUACUCAGCACUUCAGUAUUUUUAAGUACUGUAUUUCAUACCUUACAACUUUGAUGUAUCCUAGAAUUUGGGAUUUAGUGGGCAAUGUGCAAAGUGUACACUCUUCUUUACUUUUAUUUUUCUAUUUGUGAUAAGUUGAAGAAAAUCGUCAAUUCUUUGGAUUUUGUUUUGGGUCUGACUUAGCUGUAAGUUUGAAGUACAUUCUUUAAUCUUUUAGACAAAUUAAUCGUGUGUGUCUAACAUAGUGUGUGUGGUUGGUCGUUAGGUCAAAUUAGAAGAUGCAUCAUUUCAUUAUUAUUUGCCUUACUUAUUAUUGCAAAUUUUGAUUUUUUUUUUUUUUUAAAAGUUGUAUUUUGAAGUUUAUCUAUUAUAAAGCAGUCGACAAAAACAAAGAUCAAAAAGUAAGAGACCUGAAAAUAAUGUGGAUUACUCUAGGCUUUGGGUUUUAAUUGAAUCACAUAUCAUUGUAGAUUCUUAUCAUUAGCAUGAACAUGCACAGUCUCCUGAUGUCACAGAUUUUCCAAGAAAACAAACUGAUGGAACUGAGAUGGAAGUGUUUGCACCCUUUACUUAUCAGUUCGAAAGAUCUGCUUAUUACCUUCUUUUACUCACUUGAUUCUAGGCUUACUGUUUAAGAUUUGUGUGUAGGGUAAUGAGUUCUUCAUGUAACUAUCUGUAGAGUCAUCGGUUUUGAACUUAAAGUGCAAUAUUUGGAUGUCUGAAAGGUUGCUUGUUGAAUUAAUAAGUCUUGGAAGACAGUCCAGGUGUGCCAAAUGUUCCUGUGAUUUUCUUUUAACUGCUUAAAGGGUCACCACAUCUUUGUUCAUGGAACACUUGUGUAGCCUCCAGGCCCGAAUUUCCUAAAUAUGUAGCCAAGAAACAACAUCUUAGGGAGUUUAGUGAGUGCAGAAUUGACAAACAAAAACAAGGAAAGACAGUUUUAAAAGAACAAAUUUUAGAAAAAUUGUGUGUUCCUACAGCUAGACCUAGUCUUUGGGGGUACUAUUACUAUAGGAAUAUCUUUGAUAGAGAGAAGGUAUGUGAGUGUAUUUCUGUUUUCAGUUAAUGUUUUUGAAGUGAAUUUUACUUUCAAACAUUUCCUGUUAAACUAUACAGGGAUAACUUCCUGCAAGUAGUGCUAUGACAGUGUGUAGCCUCUCAUUGUUUUCUUAACUGGAUUCAGUGGACAAUGUUCGUUACUACAGUAGGCAUCGAAAUUCGCUUCCCGCCCUCUUAUAAUUGUGAUUGAUUACUAGUCAUCAUGCAUCCCAACUUUAACAAGCCUCCUGGCCAUGCACUAUUUCAGAAGUGAAAGGUUUCGAAUUUAAUAAAAUGUACAUAGUUACAGUUUAAUGUUUGUUGGACUGUUGAUAACAUUGUAAUGUACUUACAAAAAUAAAAAUUGGCUCUAUUUUGGUAAAUAAAUGGAACAUUUACCAAGUACAAA